AUGGUCUUUCCUGCCAGUUUGAUACCAUUGUCUCCCCUUCCAUCCAUGUUGGUCCCUGUCUCCCCUUCCAUCCAUGUUGAUAGACUGCUUGCCUUCUGUCCUCGAUACUUCUUUGUCUCCCCUUCUGUCCUUCUCGAUACUUCUUUGUCUCCCCUUGCAUCCUUGUUGAUAGCCGUCUCCUCUUCAGUUCUUGUUGAUACUUCUGUCUCCCCACUUGCAUCCUUGUUGAUACUUCUGUCUCCCCCUCUGUCCUUGUUGAUACUUCUGUCUCCCCCUCUGUCCUUGUUGAUACUUCUGUCUCCCCCUCUGUCCUUGUUGAUACUUCUGUCUCCCCCUCUGUCCUUGUUGAUACUUCUGUCUCCCCCUCUGUCCUUGUUGAUACUUCUGUCUCCCCCUCUGUCCUUGUUGAUACUUCUGUCUCCCCCCUCUGUCCUUGUUGAUACUUCUGUCUCCCCUCUGUCCUUGUUGAUACUUCUGUCUCCCCUCUGUCCUUGUUGA